AUGCCCGUGGAGUCCCCCGCCCCGGCCGGGGGUCGCCCGCCCAGCGCUGUGGAGAGGCUGCAGGCCGACAAGGCCAAGUACGUCAAGGGCCCGCGAGGGGUCACGGCCCCACGGAGGAGGACCCCCGCCCCACCCCGGGGACCCCCCACUCCCCACCUCGACCUGGACACUCUGGCUCGCCUCAUCGACCUCUGCGAGAGCCCACCGGUCCCCACCGUGACCCCCACCGCGACCUCCACCGUGACCCCCACCGCGACCCCCGUCCGCCCCCGGCCGAGACCCCCGGCCCCGGUCCGCCGAGUGGACGCCGACAUCUCCGCACCCGCCGCCCCUUCCCCGAGGACCCUGGGGGUCAAGGCCCCGCGGCCCCCCGCGGCUGGGUAUCCCGUAGCCGGGACCCCCAAGUCUGGGCUUCCCACCCCCGGGAUCCCCCCGUUGGGGGACCCCCCUUCCAAGCCACCCACGUUCAGGACCCCGACAUCUGGGACUCCAACCCCUACAUCUGGGACUCCCACAUUUUGGGCCCCCACUCCCGAGACCCCCAAGCCUGGGACCCCCAAAUCUGGGACUCUCACCCCCGGGACCCCCAAGUCUGGAACUCCUACGCCCGGGACUCCCACAUUUUGGGCCCCCACUCCUGAGACCCCCAAGUCUGGGACUCCCACCCCGGGGACCCCCAAGUCUGGAACUCCUACGCCCGGGACUCCCACAUUUUGGGCCCCCACUCCCGACACCCCCAAGUCUGGGACCCCCAAAUCGGGGACUCCCACCCCCGGGACCCCCACAUUUUGGAGCUCUACACCCGGGACCCCUAAAUCUGGGACUCCCACCCCUAGGACUCCCAAACCUGGGCCUCCCACGCCCGGGACCCCCACACCUGGGACCCCCAAAUCGGGGACUCCCACCCCCGGGACCCCCACAUUUUGGAGCUCUACACCCUGGACCCCUAAGUCUGGGACUCCCAAAUCUGGGACUCCCACCCCCGGGACCCCCAUAACCGGGGCCCCCAAAUCUGGGACUCCCACCCCUGGGACCCCCACCUCCGGGACCCCUCAAUCUGGGACUCCCACCCCCGGGACCCCCACCCCCGGGACCCCUAAAUCUGGGACUCCCACCCCCGGGACCCCCAUAUUUUGGAGCUCUACACCCGGGACCCCUAAAUCUGGGACUCCCACCCCCGGGACCCCCAUAACCGGGGCCCCCAAAUCUGGGACUCCCACCCCUGGGACUCCCACAUAUUGGAGCUCUACCCCCAUAUUUUGGAGCUCUACACCCGGGACCCCUAAAUCUGGGACUCCCACCCCCGGGACCCCCAUAACCGGGGCCCCCAAAUCUGGGACUCCCACCCCUGGGACUCCCACAUAUUGGAGCUCUACACCCGGGACCCCUAAAUCUGGGACUCCCAAAUCUGGGACUCCCACGCCUGGGACCCCCAAAUCCGGGACUCCCACCCCCGGGACCCCCACCCCCGGGACCCCCAAAUCUGGGACUCCCACUCCCGGGACCCCCACAUUUUGGAGCUCUACACCCGGGACCCCUAAAACUGGGCCUCCCACCCCUAGGACUCCCAAAUCUGGGCCUCCCACGCCCGGGGCACCCAAAUCUGGGCCUCCCAGCCCCGGGACCCCCAAAUCUGGGCCUCCCACCCCCGGGGCCCCCAAAUCUGGGCCUCCCACCCCCGGGACCCCCACAUUUUGGAGCUCUACACCCGGGACUCCUAAAUCUGGGCCUCCCACCCCUAGGACUCCCAAAUCAGGGCCUCCCACCCCCGGGACCCCCAAAUCAGGGCCUUCCACCCCUGGGACCCCCAAAUCUUGGAUUCCUGCCCCCGAGGCUUUGACAUUUGGGGCCACCACCCCCGGGACCUCUCCAUUUGGGGCCACCGCUCCCGAGACCCCCAGGCCGCCCAGAUCUGGGGCCUCCCACCCCAGGCGCCCGGGCCCCCCGCAUCGCUCCAAGUCGGACGUGAGCGAGCGGGUCUCGGACGGAGCCUCGGCCCGGCCCCCGAGCGACGGGUCCCCGAGAAGCGUGGGCACGGGGGACGGGGGCCACGGGGGGUCCCCCCGGGUCCCCUACGGGGUGUCCGCCGUGGAGCGCAACGCCCGUGUCAUCAAGUGGCUGUACGGCCUGCGAGCCGCCCAGGGGGCCCAGGGCACCAAGGAUAACAAGGAUGGUGCUUGCUAA